GAAUGAGAGUUUGACUGCCGAUUUUAACGUUACACGAAACCAAGUUCAAAGUAAAACCAAGUUCCAAGUAAACUUAAGUUCCAGUCUAACGGCCAACAAAGUGCAUUUUGUUUCACAACAGUUAAUUUCAUAAUUGAAUUUUAAUAGCAAGUGUUGCGUUUCUUUUGUUACGGAAUUUGUAACUAAUUCAAGAAAGUUUAUAGCACUACAACUAAUAAUGUCGGAUAACGGAUCUAGCUUGACCAGAAAGAUGAACAACGACUUCGCUUAUCAAGAAUCGCCUGAAGGUACUGUCUAUCGACCUUUUUCCAUUUCGACAAUGAACAGAAUUCUGAACGCUUAUGAAGGCUAUCAAGAGUCGCCAGACUUCGAUUUUCAAUCAUAUUCAUCCAGUUCUUCUGGCGGGACUCCUGGUGCUGGACUCUCUUCUGAACUCCAGGGAACCUUGAAGGUAUCUGGAGUCUCAGAGAGCCCUGGAUCACCUCCCAUUAGUAUGACUAGGAAGAGAUCACUGUUCAAUGACAACUUUAAGGAUGAUUCAGAGAACAAGGUUUCGAGUUUGUUCGGACCAGAAGAUGACUCGGAAAACCAGAUUCCGAGCUCGCUCGGUCAGACGCCGGUAAAGGCGGAGAGUAAUGUCACAAAAGAAGGUGGCGACGUUGGUGGGACUCGAAAGCGAAGUAUUCAACGGAAUCCGAGAAGCGUUUUGGCGGAAAUAACAAAUAAUUGUUUCGAGCCAGUUCUCAAUGUGUCUGGCGGCCAACCCAGAGAAAAUCUGAAUGGAUCGAAGAAGCCAGUAUCGAAGUUUCGGCGCUUCGAUACGACACGGGCAACUGUCUCGAUCCAAAUUGAAGUGGAUAAUAUCUGCGAAGAUGGCAGAGGGAACACAUCACCUGAAGGCGGUCGAGAUCUAGUUGUAUCACCUCUUGGGAGUGACGACGUUAACUCUUCAUUCGAUACCAGCUUACAAUCACUGGAAGAAUCACCACUCGAAGUUUCGACCAAAAAAAGUGGAUCUAUCUUCGAUACCCUGAUCAGUGGAAAGAUCCCGGAUGUUGCGGAAGAAAACAAAGCAGACGAAACUGACCCUAGCCACAAGCGCAGAGCCUCGCCUAACAUCGGAGUUGUUCAACGUCCUAAUUUAGACUUAUAUAGUCCGAUAGUUGCAAUGCCUUACAAGAUAGCUGAUGUGCAGAGCUUCAUAGGGGACAAUAGUAGAGUGCAUAUACUGCCUGAGGUAUCGGGACGCCCAGAGGUUGCGACUCCUGCGAGUGGCGUUGCCGAUCUUCUCAAUGGGAUGUACACUCACAAGAUUGAAAAGUUUGUUAUCAUAGACUGUCGAUACCCAUUCGAGUACAAAGGUGGUCACAUUAAAGGGGCGGUCAAUUUUUAUCUUCAAGAUCAAGUUAAGAAUUACUUAUUUCAUGGCCAAGAUAAUAAGCAAACUGUUUUGAUUUUCCACUGCGAGUUUUCCCAAGAGCGUGGUCCAAGAAUGUUCAAAUUUGUUCGCAACCAUGAUAGAUCUGUGUUCCAGAACUCUUACCCUAAACUACGUUAUCCAGAGAUGUAUGUUCUUUUUGGAGGUUAUAAACAGUUUUUUCACCAGUUUCGACAUCUAUGCGAACCACAAGAAUAUUGCCCAAUGUUACACCCUGCGUACUCUCUGGAAAUGGUGCGAAAUAGAAAUGAAGAGAAAAAGAGUCGCGAAGCUCAAGCUGCUGCCAGAAAUAAAUUGGCAAGAUUCCGAACAACUCGGCUGUAAACCAAAACUGCUUUUUUCUGUUUUUAAUUAGCUUAAGUAAGGUCUAUUCAAUAGAUACUGUUGAUUUUAAUGUUAACUUAAGACCUAAUGAUUACACUAAUUCCCGAUUAUUCCUUAGAUAAUAAAAAUUAUCGCUUAAA